AAUUGCAACGUCGAGCACAAGCCAAGAUGCCUCCGCUGCCUAAAUCUCCGCAUGCAACGCCGUACGCAGCUCUAUCAACGCCGCGCGGCGCUGCAAAGGCUGUGAAACCCUCCAUCUCCAUCUCCGACACGUCGCCGUCGUUCCUAUCGCUCUACCGCUUCGCCAGUCCUUCAGACAAGGUGCAACUCGUUCUAGGCGCCUUGUUUGCCGGUCUGAAUGGCGCUAUCUUCCCGUGCAUGGCGCUGGUCUUCGGUACAGCCAUCGACGCCUUCGCUCAGGCGGACGGAGGGGUCGAUCUUGCCGCCGUAAACCGCGCUGCUUUCUACUAUUUCCUCAUCGCUGUGGCACUCUUUGCCACUGACUGUCUAGACUACAUUCUCUUCUGCAACUCGGCCGAGAGACAAAUGAAAGCUCUACGUGGCCACGUGUUCGCCCACAUGCUGUACAUGGACAUAAGUUGGUACGACCGCAGCGACGCCUUCGAACUCGCCAGUCGAAUUACAGGCGACACGGUCAAGAUUAAGGACGGAAUGGGUCACAAACUCAGCGACUCGAUCAAGUUCACGUGCCAGUUCUUUGUCGGAUACAUCAUCGGCUUUGCACGUGGCUGGGAUAUGAGUCUCGUUAUGGCUUGCGUUAUGCCUGUCAUGGUGCUCUCGCUUAAGUAUAUGGUAAUGUUGUUUAGGAAACGAGCUGUACUAUCACAGAAAAUGUAUGCAGAAGCUGGUGCCGUGGCGGAGGAGACACUGGGGUCUAUAAGAACUGUAGCGUCACUGAAUGGAGAAAGACGAGCGAUCGACAAGUACAAUGAACGCGCAGUUUUAGUGGAGACUGGAAAUAUCGCAAUUAGCAAGAAAUCUGCCUCUGUAUUUGGCUAUCGCGUAAUCUCUCGGAUUGUAAUUGGAAAUAUCGCAAUUAGCAAGAAAUCUGCCUCUGUAUUUGGCUGUAUGAUGGCGAGUGUCUGGCUCAUGUACGCUGCGGGGCUUUGGUAUGGCGGAUCGAAAGUGGCGAGAGCGGAGGCAUCUCCAGGGACGGUAUUCCAGGCAUUCUUUGGCGUGUUAAUGGGGACGAUCUCGCUCUCGCAGAUUUCGCCUAAUAUCACUGCGGUCGCUGAAGCGAAGGGAGCUGCUGCAGAGAUUUACAAGAUCUUGGACACACCAUCUGCCAUCGAUAACUCGUGCUAG